CGUAAGGAAUCACAGAUGAAACCUGUUCGUCACUGUUUACCGUAAGAAAUGUUUGUUUGGGCCUAAAACUGUAUAUUUUUUAUUUAAAACAUAAAGUUGCUGUUUUAUUUUUUUAGUAGCACCUGUUUGGACUGAUCUGCGGGCUGGAUCUGCUCCUUCCCCGUAAAUCUGAGCCGCUCCGUCCACCACGUUCACAGCACGAGCCUCUCCUGACGUCACGUGGACGCUGGCGGUGACGACGCGGCUCCACUACGCCCCUCCCACCUCACCUUUCCUCCCCGCUCCUCGUCAGGGAGCACCGCGGGGAUGAGAUGCGCUGACAGCCGGGAGGCAGCCCAACUUUCUCCCGCGUGUUCGAGCUCACACUCCUGGCGGAGUUUUCUGGUUCUCUUUGGUUUUUCCUGAAAAGUCCCCCCCCCUGAACCCCUCCAGCCCCACCGUGGAUUUCCCACAUGUCGCGAAAGCAGGUCGACCAUGACUACACCCUCCGCAGUGUGAACAACCUGAUGGGCGAGCGCUGGAAGCGGAUCAGCGACGGAGGCGAGCGGAGCCUCAUCAAGGCUCCGUCCAGCGGCAGCAUCAGCAGCCCGGGCGCCGCCCCCGGUCCGGCCGGGGCGCCGGCGGGCCCCCCGUCCUCCAGCACCGGGGAGCUGGAGCGGGCUGCGCGGAAGCAGUUCCAGCAGGACGUGACGCCCGGCUUCGUGUACGUGCUGGCCGCCUUCUCCGCCUUGGGCGGCUUCCUGUACGGCUACGACACCGGCGUGAUCUCCGGGGCCAUGCUGCUGCUGAAGCGGGAGCUGCAGCUCAGCGCGCUGUGGCAGGAGCUGCUCAUCUCCAGCACGGUGGCCGCCGCCGCCCUGUCCGCCCUGCUGGGCGGCUUCCUCAACGGGCUGUUCGGGCGCCGGGUGUGCGUCCUGCUGGCCAGCUUCUGCUUCACCGUAGGGGGGAUCGUCCUGAGCGCGGCGCCCGGGAAAGAGGCGCUGCUGGCCGGGAGGAUCAUCGUGGGAGUGGGGCUGGGUAUUGUCACCAUGACAGUCCCGGUGUACAUCGCUGAGGCCUCCCCUCCCCACCUCAGAGGCCAGCUGGUGACUGUUAACACGCUCUUCAUCACCGGGGGACAAUUCACCGCCAGCCUCAUCGACGGCGCCUUCAGCUACCUGCAGCAUGAUGGAUGGAGGUACAUGUUGGGCCUGUCGGUGAUUCCCGCUGUGCUUCAGUUCCUGGGAUUCCUCUUCCUGCCAGAGAGCCCUCGCUGGCUGAUCCAGCGUGGGCUGACCCAGAAGGCCCGCCGCGUGCUCAGCCAGAUCCGAGGAAACCAGAACAUCGACGAGGAGUACGACAGCAUCAAAAACAGCAUCGAGGAAGAGGAGAAGGACAGUGGAGGAGAUGGUCCGGUGGUGUGGCGUAUGCUGACUUACCCCCCGACACGGCGAGCUCUCCUGGUGGGCUGCGGCCUUCAGAUGUUCCAGCAGCUUUCAGGGAUCAACACCGUUAUGUAUUACAGUGCCACCAUCCUACAGAUGUCAGGUGUGCGCGACGACAGGCUAGCAAUCUGGCUAGCAGGACUUGCUACUCUCACCAACUUCCUGUUCACCCUCCUGGGGGUGUGGCUAGUGGAGAAGGUGGGUCGGAGGAAACUCACGUUGGGCAGCAUCCUUGGAACUACUUUGAGCUUGAGUCUUUUAGCCGUUGGUUUCCUCAUGUCGGCACAGCACAGUCCACCGGUAACCUUCCGCCCCCUAGACCCCGCCAUGGCCAACUCCACCUGCUCCAAGUACCGGCUGUGUGAGCCCUGCAUGCUGGAUCCCAGCUGCGGCUUCUGUUACCGCAGAAACAGCUCGGCGCUCCUCGCCACCUCCUGUGUGGCCGUCAAUAAGGCGUCCACGGAGCACGCGGCGUGGGGCAGGUGCUCCAAUUCUACCCUGAUGAAGGAUCAGACGUACUGGGCCUACAACUACUGCCCCACCUCCUACUUCUGGCUGGUUCUGCUGGGUCUGGUGAUGUACUUUGCUGCCUUUGCUCCAGGGAUGGGCCCCAUGCCAUGGACCAUCAACUCUGAGAUCUACCCUCUGUGGGCCAGGAGCACCGGGAACGCCUGCGCCGCUGGAGUCAACUGGACCUUCAACAUCCUGGUGUCUGUGACAUUCCUCCAUCUGGCUCAGUACCUCACCUACUACGGAGUUUUCUUCCUGUACUCCAGCCUGGCUUUGCUGGGUUUCGUCUUCGUCUACGGCUGCCUGCCCGAAACCAAAGCUCGCCGCCUGGAGGAGAUCGAGGCUUUGUUUGAGAAUCAGCUUUGCUCCUGCGGUGCUUCCGAUUCAGACGAGGGACGGCAGGUGGAGUACAUCCGCGUCAAGGGCUCAAACUACCAUUUAUCGGACAACGACGCCUCAGACGUGGAUUAGGGAGGGAAGCCUGUGAUCCCGCUCUGAAUGUGUUUCAUGCGUUUCCUUUAGUGGUCGGUGGAACAAGCAGAGUGUAGCGUUCAUGUCGGACCCUGGUUUCCCUCAUCGCCAAGCGAAGAUACUAUUCUCAACGAGCCUUUGGUCAAAUCAAAAAUGUUUGGUGUUUCACUGUAUGUAUCAAAGGUGACCCACACCUUAUCAGGCGAUAGACUUCACCUGGAGUAGACACUACACAGUAGAGGUGAAGCAUUAAAUAGUAUGUGGGAAAACUCCACCUCAUUCCUAAAGCUCAGCCGGUUUAUGAACCUUUGUUGUGUCAUUGUUAGUUUCAACACUUUAAACUCCACAAGAGCAGAAAAAGAUAAGCGUGAGCAAAGUGAUCAUCACUGCCAGCAUAUUUGUUCCAAAAUAAACAGAAGAUGUGUUUCUGCAGAGGAAAACCAUAAGGUUGACACACACAGCAGUGACAGGAACGGGUGUAGGUCCUGGACAACUGGAUCAGCAGAGAAAACAAAUGAAAAUGAGGCUUCAUGUCAUUUUUGAGGUGAAACUUGAGACAGCAGGUAACAUUUACAUGUCUGAAAACGACACAAAUGAGUCCAAUUUAGCUAAAGCUGCAUUCACACCGCCCUCGGCAACUCGCUUUCAAGGGACCGCCUCCAGUGAAGAGUCUGACCAAAUGCGCACUUGGGCUUCAGCGUUCAAAACUCUCAUGUUCACCGGUAGCUUCUCAAGUCUCUAGGACUGUUUCUGGGCUCUGUGCAAAAUGCCUAGCCAAUGAACGCUCAUUAAAAGUUAAACCAGGUUGAAGUUUGACCAAUCAGAGCCUCAGAUUUGGUAGAGACAUAUGGAUGCUGUCUUUUUAACUCACGGAAGUGCCAGCCGUUUCAAAACUGAUCAUGGAAGAGAAUUUAAUGAUUGUGGUUUGUGUCCAGGCGAAAUGAUAUGACGCCAAGUCUUUCAUAUUUCAGAAGAGAGCUGUGAAAGAGAUUUGUGAGAUCUGCACCCCUUCGACAUUUUACACCAAGACUCUUCCAACUGUAGGGGGCAGACAUGCGCUAAUAAGCAGUGGGAAAAGCAGAAGAAGCCCCUUCUUACUCGUCCAAUGUGAACAGCACAUUCAUGCCUGGUGUGAACGUGUCAAAACAGCUUUAUGUUUACACUCUGUUAGUUAGCGUGUCUUUUCUACCGUUUACGCAGUUAAUGUAAUUCUGAAUUGUGAAGGGGGAAAAAGCCGUUUUACACUCAUAUGCUACACUUACAGUAGUGAAGUGUUGAUGUGAUCUAUGUAAUUCAGCAGAUUCUGUCGCAGAGAAAAGCAGCAACAAAAGCCGUCCUUCUCUGCUCCAGAUUCACGUUGGUGGCUUAAACGGUCAAAGAGUUCCGGUAGUUUAAAGAGUGUUUUUUGUGUCCCAGACGACACUCUGGUGGUCAAGAGUGGAGCAAAAAUGGUCAGAGUUGUGGUCGGGGAAGAGUUGCAUUACCUAUAAAAAGUGUAUAAUAAUGACUCAAGUGAGACUAAAAGUAGUUACAGUUUGAAUCUAAGUUCAUUUUAACUUAACUGAUUUAAUGUCAUUUAAAAUUAAACAAUAAAAACACAAAAAUUGGCCCUAAUUGACAAUAUUUUGAUAACUAAAUGUUACUAAAAGUCCAUCACGAAUUUACUCGAGUAAAAGUAUGGAGUAGAAAGACUACAGUUUGAUUCCAAAUACCCAAACUCAUUGUAACUGAGUAACUGUUACUUGUUACAACCCAUUUUUGUUGUUAAAGCAUCAAUUCAUUAGAGCAUUGACUGUAUCUGGGAACUGGACGGAGGAAGUGUGACAUCACCAAUAGAAAAUGACUCAUUUCUGGCUCUAAUGAAAUAAAGUCAAUAUAGUGGCCUUUUUUAUGUGGACGCCACCAUUUUGGAACCAGAGGACAUCAGUGAGCAGUGAUUGGUCUGAAUCGACCUGAGUCAAUAUGUCCAUGGCAACCACUCUCACCAAUCAGGAGCAAGCUUUUUGGAAGUCCACACCCUUUCCACUUGAAAGCAGACUUGGGAGAAUCUGUCAAUCAAAUGUUUUGGAUGCUGGACAUGGGGGCCAGUAGGCACCACUUACUUUUAGUGAGGCAUCUGAUUGGUCAGUUUAUAACUUGUCUAUUUCUCAGUAGAAGUCUAUGGGAUUGUGGCUUCUUGGAGUCAGCGGGUACUUCCUGUUUGGAACGCCAGUGGGGAGUGGUCAUUCAGUCCAGGUCUCAUAUACAGUCAAUGAUGUGGCGCGGUGGAGCAAAGCUCAGAAUCCCUGUUGUGAGUCCAUCAAUGUCACAUGUAACUUUGUGUCUUCAUGGCAGUGUUUUGUACCUUACGGUGUGUAGAUGUGUGUGCAUCCCUGCUGCAGGUCUGCAAACACUUUCUGGACCUGUUGCUGCUCCACAGCUGCUCAUGUUAUCUUCAAACUCCUCAUUUUUACAGGAUUUUGUGACAGCAUUUCACUUCGUCAGUAGCUUCUUUCAAGUCUUGUACUUCUACCACUACCUUAUCCAGCUAUCCAAAGUAUCAAGCAGCGUUGUUUUGUAGCUUUCCUAUGUGCCUAUAUUGACGACACCAGUACACCUCGUCUUUGUAUCCCACUUUGCACAUUUUCCAGUCAGAAAAAGCUAAAAAUGAGGACAAUAGCUCUGCCAGAACUCAAGAUUUAGUGAAGCACAAUAUCCCUGCGUCAUGUUCAUGUUUCAUUUGUCAAUUAUGCCUUUACGAUAAGAGCUGCAGGUUGUUGAGACGCCACUGGCGGUCUGGUCCUAACAUUUAGUUUUCUCCUGAAAUGCAAACAUCAGAGAUGCACAUUGUGUUUGAAGGAAACUUGUUGGCAGAUUACCACAAAAAGUCUCCUCAGAUACUUAUUUAUUUUAAUGAAUGGUUGUUGUUGUAAGGAUUUCUGGCACAAUCAAAAAACACAGAAUUUGACAUCACUGCCCAAAGUUUGUGCAAAGCGUACAGAAAAGCAGCAUCACAAACCAGAUUUGUGUAUUUGCUUCAGGUUGAAGGUUUGUGUAUCAGCCAGCAGAAGUAAUGUAUUCAUGUGACGCAGCAGAACUUAUUUUCUGACAUUUUCUUAUAUUCAUUAGUGUCUACAUGACAUGAAACUUCAUUUUUUCAUUUUGUUUCCAUGCAUGUUUCAGUAUAUUUGCCUCAGAAAGUGUGUGUUUUUGUUGUCUUCCUCCACUGUUUUGUGUUCAAAUCAAGCUGCUGUUUCCAAACUAAAGAAUCUUUAAAUGUUUGAGGCACUGCAGUGGGAUUUUACAUGUUUGUAAUUACAUGCAUGAAGGAUUGUGGGGAACAAAAGUCAGGUUCACGUAAAAUUCUGUUGUGAAAUCCUCCUAGAAUAAGCUCCUAAAAUCAAAGGGAAACUCCAGCAGUUAUGAUGUUGUGUUUAAGCAAAGUUCUGGUGGUAAAAGUGACACUGAAGGGGAGCAGCGCCCCCAAGUGGAGAAUAGGUUCAAGCACAAACUGUGGAUCAGCUUCCUCUGACUGGACAGAAGUCAUGGAAACCCAACGGAUGAGGCGAAACGUUUUACCUUGUUUCUGAAUUCUCUCACUACUUAGUGCUCUAUGUAGGGCGUUUGCCUUUUUCAGGGUGUCCAAAUCUAGUAUACCACAAUCCAGAGCCCUGGAAAUUUCCCAGAAGUCUCUAUAAAAAAACUAGUGUGCAUCGAUGGUUAAUAUUGGCAAAUAAUAUUUAACUCUGUAACGCCCACUACAACAAAGAACGGAGAUAAAAUUCCUUUUUAUUUUCUAAUUUAGAUCUUUUUAACUUUCCAUGAAACCCACCUAACAUUUACCAAUAUCCUUUUUAUCAGAUAUAGAUGGUAUAGAUUGUGAUGGUUUGGGUCAUCUGGGAACAAAAACAUCUUGACUUGAUUGUUCUGGAGAACUGCAUUUACCCGCUGACCUAAAUGUGAUCCACACAUUUUUAACAUGAUGUCAUUCUUUUAGAAACAAGUCAACAAAUCUUUUGAAAUCAAGUUUAAAAAUUUGCAAAACUUUUUCCCGCCAAAAGUGUUUAAUGGAAGCAGCUAUUUUGAAAUGAGCAGGAAAAGCUCCUCUACUGCCUCUGGUGGGCUGAUGAUGAACUACAGGGCAGGAAAUAUGGACCAAUUUAAAUCCAAUGGGUUUUAAGGAAAGUUUGGAUCAUACUAAUGAGAUAGGGGUCUUCAUUAUAUUAGCUUCUAUUUAUUUUUAUUGUCAGAACACAGUAGGUUCAUAAAUAGUCUUAGGUUUUUACAUGUUGGGCAUGGGCCUGACUAUUAGAGGUUGGAUACUGGUGAGGCAGUUGGGGCGUAGCCAUUCAUUCAGUGUUUUUGCUCAGUUCUCCAUGAAUGGUUGGUUUCCUCCUUCAUCCUCGUAGACUAAAAGUGUUCAGUGGUUCCGUUGUGGUUGCGUGUAGAUCAGGAGCAGCUGUCUCCAAACUCACCUAAGCUACUUUUGUACAGUGGUUGUGUGACGUCGCUCGUGCCAAUCCCAGUAUUUACCAUGAGCGAGUUGCUGCUCGUUGUGUUUAGCGGUGAAGUUUUCUAUGUGAACUGAUGUUUUAAAGUUGAUCCAGAACUACAAAUACAGUGCUGUAAAGUAUAUUUAAUUAUUGUUGGAGCUGUAAAUGUUUUGCUACACUUUAUAUUCUUUCAAAAUGAACCUGAUGAAACUGUGUGUUUAUGGAUAAAUGAAUAAAGUUUGAAAUCCAA